CUGUUUCUCCACCCCGCGCAGCCUGUCUCUCCGACAAAUCUGCACCGUGAGCAGUGCCAAUCGGAACCAACCACCAUCGAUGGCCGACGCCGACGUCGACGUCGCGCAGCUUACCGAAGAGCAGCAGCUUGCGCUCCAACAGUUCACCGCCGUCACCGACCAGGAGCUCAAAGAUGCCGUGCCCCUGCUGCAGCGGUGUCAGUGGAACGUGCAGAUUGCGAUAGCCCGCUUCUUCGAUGGCGAGCCCGCAGAAGACCCCGUCGCCGCCGCCGCCGCCGCCGCCGCCGCACCGCAGGACACCCGCCGGCAGGAGACGCUCCUGAACGCCUUCGGCUCGCCGCGCUCCUCCACAUCCAGUCGACGCUCGCGGAUAGAGCCCGCGCCUCGUGUCGUCCCCCAGCCCGAGAACCAAGUCGCCGUCCGCCCGCCGCUGCUCCUCGCCCUCCUCUUUGCACCCUUCUCCCUCGUCUACUCCUUGUUCUCUCGAUGGUUCCGCUUUGUGGGGUGGAUGUUCCCGCCCUUGACCCGGCUCUUUGGAGGCGGAAAUGCCGCGGCCGCAGGGAGGCGGAACGCCGCUGGUGGGCGGAGACCGCUGAACCCACGCGACACUGCCGCACGGUUCAUCCGAGAAUUUGAGGAAGAGUAUGGAGAGAAUCAGCUGCCGUUCUUCGAGAACGGGUACGCCCAGGCAUUCGAUCUGGCCAAGAAGAACCUCCAGUUCCUGCUCGUCAUCCUCAUCUCGCCCGAGCACGACGAGACCGCCUCCUUCAUCCGGGAGACGCUCCUCUCGCAAGAAGUCGUCGACUUCAUCCGCGACCCAAACAACAACAUCAUCCUGUGGGCGGGCAACGUCCACGACUCCGAAGCCUAUCAAGUCUCCACCUCGCUCAACUGCACCAAGUUCCCCUUCGCCGGCCUAAUCGUGCACACGCCCCAGGUCUCCUCGACAGCCAUGGGCAUCGCGACGCGCAUCACCGGUCCCACGCCCCCCGCACAGUUUCUCGCCAAGCUGCGGACAGCCAUCACCACGCACAGCGAGCCUUUGGCCCGCGCGCGCGCCACCCGCGCAGAGCAGCAAGCCACACGCAGCAUCCGCGAGCAGCAGAACUCCGCAUACGAGCGCUCCCUCGCCAUCGACCGGGAGCGCGCCCGCAAAAAGAAGGAAGAAGCCGAGCGCAAAGCGGCCGAGGAGAAGGAGGCCCUCGCACGCCAGGCUGCAGCCGAGCAGCACGCCGCUGACCUCGCGCAGUGGCGCAAAUGGCGCGCCUCAAGCAUCCCCCCCGAGCCCCCUGCGACCGACAAGGACGUGGUGCGCAUCAGCCUGCGCAUGCCCAAUGCCGACCGCGUAGUCCGGCGGUUCGCCAGCGACGCGCACAUCGAAGAACUCUACGCCUUCGUCGAGUGCUACGAGCUCCUUUCCUCGGACGACAACUUGGCCGACGCACGAGAACCAGCAGGCUUCGCGCACGCGUACGACUUCCAGCUUGUGUCGCCGAUGCCGCGCGAGGUGUACGAUGUCGAAGCUGGGGGGACAAUACGGGAGCGCAUUGGCCGGAGUGGGAAUCUGAUUGUUGAGCGGACGGAUGUGGGGUCCGAUGAUGACGAGGACGAAGAGAAUGAGUAGACGGCAUUGGGAUGGUAUAACGUGGCAGGACAGGACAUGCAUCGGGCGGCGUUUGCGACGGGUCGGUCGUCGGAUUGUUUGCACAUUAGCGCGGCAUUGGGGCCAGAUCACCGUUUUCACUGGGUUUGGACGAAGCGUGGGUGUGG